AUGAAAAAUAGCUUACCAAAAGAGAGUUCCAAGUUUUGCAUAAAAUCAAAACAAACAAACAUUCGUGAUAUUUUUGAGGAAAACAAAACUACUUCAAACUUAUUUUAUACCAAAAGUACUACAUACAAUAAUAAUAUCAAAACAUUUCAACCAGCAAUAAAUAAAAACAAAACUACAUUAGUCAAAAAAAAACCAAUUAAUAUUGAAUGUAAACAAAUAGAAUUAAAUAAAUCAGAGAAUAUAUCAACAUUUAAUCAAAAUAAUGAAAAAAAAAAAGAUAUUCUUUAUAACGAACAAGUUUCAAAUAAUAACUCAGAUCAAUCAGAUUUAAACAAAAAAUAUAAAUUUAGUUCGAACUUUAAUUUUAAAUCUGAAAUAAGUAAAAAUGAUAUGAUGAAUUAUUAUUAUAAAGACGCUAAAAAUAAAAAUAUAGAAAAAGAGAAGAACGUAAAUUUGAUGAAGCAAGAUAAUAAAGAAAUAAAUUUUGAAAAAGUCACAAAAAUAAGAAAUAACCAAAAUAAUUGUAAUGGUACAUUAUCUAUUGUUUCAGCAUUUGUCUCAUAUAUUAACACAUCAAAUGUAAACUCAAAUGUACAAACUACACAAUCUUAUAUCAAUGAAAAUGAUGAUGUGGUUUCAGAUUGCUUAGUUAAAACAUCACACAUUUUAUCAAAAAAAAAGACGAAUAAUGUUGAAAAUCCAAAAAGUAAUAAUGCUUAUAAAAAUAUUUGUGUUGCAAAACAAAAUAAAGGUGGAAAACUUACGCUCAAAAUGAAAAGCUAUAACUCAUAUAAUAACAAGCAUGGGCAUGCAAAAAAAAAUAGCAACACUAAUAUUAAAAGUGUUGAUGAUGCUGACCAUGUUAAUAAUAAAAAUAAUAAUAAUGAUGAUGAAAAGGAAAGUAAAACAUGUGGCGAUAAUUUAUGCAAUGAAAAUUAUAUAAAAAUGGAAGAGCUAUUAAAAGAUUAUAAUGAAGCAGUUAAAAAUAAAAAAGAUAGCGAAUUUGAUAUUAAUGAUUUUAUUGAAAGAUAUGAUAAUAUAAUAGAUGGAUUAUUUAAAGUAAAUAAUAUCGACAAGUAUGAAAUUAAAAAAUCUAUAUUAAAAAAAUAUAAACAAAUUUUUGAAAAUAAAAAUGCGAUGAAAUUUUAUAAAGGAAUAAAAACUUUAGUAUAUGAAAAAAAUAUAAUAGUUCAAUAUAUGGAAUAUUAUAGAAAACUAAACAAACAAUAUAUCCAAGAUUUAAAAGAUAUACAAAGCUCUUAUGAUAGUUUAAUAACAGAAGCUAACCAAGUUAAUCAAAAUAAUAUAAUGCUAAAAAGACUUAUCAAUGUCUUAAGUAUAGAUCUUGACAAGAAAAAAAUUGAUUUAUCAACAUAA